CAACAUGCCAAAAAAACUCCAUGGCCCACCUGUGCCACAACUGUUUUUCUGCAUAUAAAAGCCAGGGCCAGCGUUAGAAGGUAGCAAGCUGGGCAGUUUCCAAGAGCCCCACUCCACAGGAGGCUCCACAAAGCUAAGUUGCUCACGCUUUGGCUUCAGCCCUGGGUGGCAGGGCUUGAAGCCCCAGGCUUUAGCCCCAUCCAGUUGGUUUUGGCUUUCUGUCUAAUGCAGGCCCUGCGUAGUGGAUGGACCCUCCGAAACCUGUUUGUAGCCCUACAGGGGGCCCUGAACCAUUGAUUGAGAACCAGUGUGUUAAGAUAUGUAUUCUAGAUUUUCUCUUUGGUGCAUAUUCUGUGGUAUCCUGGCGCCUGGCUGAUAACUGAAUCCGUGGAGGUGAGUGUGGUGAUCUGUGGGUGUCUUGUAUACAGUUUUCUGUAAUUUCCAUUAUUGAAGGUGAUCAUGGUGUUCAGAAAGUUGAUGCUGGCGUGGAAGUGUUCUAGAGAGAGUUUGAUGGUUGGGUGUUGGUUGUUGAAGUGAUGGUAGAAAUCUUAUGAGGGAGUUUAGGCCAUCUAUCCAGAGGAUGACAUAUCAAUGUAUAUUGGAUAUUUCAUUAAUUUUGCUGUGCAUUUUUCCAGAAUUUCUUUCUCAAUGUGGCCCAGGGAGAGGUUGGUAUACUGGGGAGCCAUCCUAGUAUCCACAGCUAUUCCAUGGUUUUGCCAAAGUGUUAAUGUAAAGGUGUUAUGGGUGAGGAGGAAAUGGAUGAGUUUGGCUAUGUGUUUAGGGUGGAUUUCUGAGCAUUGUCCGUUGCCUUGUUAGAAAUUUAAGGCAGGCAAGUGUCGCCAUCAUGGUGAGGGAUGUUGGUUUAUAGGGAGAUGACAUCUAUGGUGGCAAGUAUGGUGUUAAUGUUGUAGAGUUUCUGAAGGAAAUCAGUUGUCCUGGAGGAAACUGGCUGUUUGUGUGGUGAGUGGUUUGAGGAUGGUCUUUGAGGCCUGGUAUUCCUUCAGUAAGAGUGCCGUAGCCAGAUAUGAUAGGUCUGCAUAAGUUCCCUUGUUUGUGUAUCUUGGAGCUGUUUGUGGGAGGAUUUGAUUAUGUCCUUAAAUUCCUGUGUGAAUUGUGGUGUGGGAUCUUUUUUGAGUUCUUUAUAGUAGAUGGUGUCUGAGAGCUGUUUUUGGUUGGCGCAGUCAUCAUGAUUGAGCACUAUGAUGGCCGUGCCCCUUUGUCUGCUGGUUGGAUUUCCGAGAACAUAAAGCUAUCCUCUUGGUGGUGAAGAGAUUGUGAUGGAUGUCACGUUUAAGGAUUUCACUUGAUUUUUUUUUCUCUUGGAGCAGUCGAUGUUAUGAUCAAGUAAGUUUGUGUGGUUUUAUCCACUGGAGAGUGGCAAGAGUUUUUUCUUGUAACUGCCAGCGGGGAUGAUAUAUACUGUAUUCUGGACGUCUGACACUGAUCCAGCUGAAACGCUGCAGCAGUUCUGUUUUAUAAAGCUUCCUUUGCAUAUCCCCUGCAAGAUAAUGAUAAUUUAUACUUAUACAGCAUCUUUCAUCUGAGGUGCCUUACAAAGGAUAUUUUUAAUUUCACGAACUUGGAGUAGCAUUACAAAUCUGGAAUCCAUGUCUUUUCUUGUAAGUAACCCAGAACGAAUUAGGCGGUGGGUGUCCGAAAAGUUCAUUGUAGAAGGCUUGAGAGAAUUUGAACUGUUUGGAGAGCAGCCUCCGGGUGACUCUCGGAGAAAAACCAAUGAUGCGAGCUCCGAGUCGAUAGCAUCUUCCCCUAAAAGGGACACCAUGAGCAGCUUUUUACCAGACAGCAGCUGUUAUGAGUUGCUCACCAUAAUAGGCCAUGGCUUUGAGGAGCUGAUGACCGUGAACCUGGCCAGGUAUAAACCAUCAGGAGAGUAUGUCACAGUCAGAAGGAUUAACCUGGAAGCCUGCACCAAUGAGAUGGUGACAUUCUUGCAGGGUGAACUUCAUGUGUCCAAACUCUUCAACCACCCCAACAUUGUGCCAUAUAAAGCGACCUUCAUAGCUGACAAUGAGCUAUGGGUAGUGACCUCCUUCAUGGCUUAUGGUUCUGCAAAGGAUUUGAUCUGUACCCAUUUCAUGGAUGGAAUGAGUGAACUGGCUAUUGCUUAUAUCCUCCAGGGCGUUCUGAAGGCUCUUGACUACAUUCACCAUAUGGGCUAUGUACAUAGGAGUGUGAAAGCCAGCCACAUCCUGAUUUCUGUGGAUGGGAAGGUGUACCUCUCAGGCCUGCGCAGUAACCUAAGCAUGAUCAACCACGGGCAGCGACUCAGAGUUGUCCACGACUUCCCCAAGUAUAGCAUCAAGGUCCUACCAUGGCUCAGUCCUGAAGUUUUACAACAGAAUCUCCAGGGUUAUGAUGCAAAAUCUGACAUUUACAGUGUGGGGAUAACAGCCUGUGAACUGGCAAAUGGACACGUCCCAUUCAAGGACAUGCCUGCUACUCAGAUGCUGUUGGAGAAGCUGAACGGAACUGUUCCAUGCCUGCUAGACACCACCACGAUCCCAGCUGAGGAGCUGACCAUGAAAACAUCCCGCUCGUGUGCUAACUCCGGGAUCGGUGAAGGAAUGGCAGUUAGCAACGUGAGGGCAGCCAAUGGGGAGGCAACGCUGCACCCUUACCAUCGGACUUUCUCACCCCACUUCCAUCACUUCGUGGAGCAGUGCCUGCAGCGUAACUCUGACUUGAGGCCAAGUGCAAGCACCCUGCUGAAUCAUUCCUUUUUCAAGCAGAUCAAACGUCGGGCGUCCGAAGCACUUCCUGAACUACUGCGCCCUGUCACACCAAUCACCAACUUUGAAGGUACGCGGCCACAGGAUCCCAGUGGCAUUUUUGGACUGGUAUCCAGUCUGGAACAGCUAGAGGUGGAUGACUGGGAAUUCUAGAGCAAUGUUGAAAUAAUAUGGUUCUCAAGCCCUUGAAGGCGCUUUCUGGACAUAGUAAUUUAUUGACCCCUCUCAAAUGAAGCCGCGAUGAAUGUUACAUGCAGAAGAGUUUACAUGACUAUGGGUAAGGAGCUUCACUUGGUCGUUUACUUGAGGAGUAGAGCCUGGAAUCACCCUUGGACACAAACUAGCUGGAAAAAGGGAUCUGUUUGUAGGAAAUGCCGAAUGUUUCCUGCUUGGUGCCAGGAGCCUCCCAGCUCUUGCUGUUGAGCACCAGCUAUAGGCUGUAUUAGGAGUUUUGCUCGCCAGAAUUGAGUCAGUCCCAAUUUGUUGGUCUUCAUACACAUCGUUUUGCCCAUGUUACUGGCUCUCUACUGACCCUAGUUCAGAGGGUUCUGUGUGUCUUUAGAUCACCCCUUUGUUUUGUUCCUUUCCAAGGGUGCCUUUGAGACAAACGUGGGAGAGAGGAGAAGCAAUGCAACUCCUCUUAGACUUGGACAUUCUCUUCUAGACUGCCAGGUUGUCACUGUGGCAUUCUUCUCACUCUUUUGGCAAUAACAGAUUUAGCCUGCUGCUUUAUUGAGAGGAAAAUGGAAGACCAGACAGCACUGGAAAAAGGUGUCCCCUUCUAUUCCAGCUGUGCUCAGAGGCUUGGAGAUUCCUCUGCAAGGCUGCAUUCGUCUCUUCAAGGAGACGGGGGAGAUCUUUGUGGGUUUUUUUUUAAACUCUUGCCAUAUAGUGCUGAAUGCCCUGAAGUGCAGGUCAGAGCACCCCAGGCUUCUGGGACUAACCAGCCGCUCCUAUCUCUUUAUGUAGCCACCUCAGCCACCAGCUGCAUUUUUGAAAAGUAAGAUGCAGUUUUGAAUGUCUUUGAAACUGCACCAUACUAUAUUUUACAACAAAUGCCAUUUAUCUGGCUGGUCCCAUCCUGCAGCAAGGCUAAUGUCACUGCAUGAAACAUGCUGGCCAGCUUCUGUUUCUGAGAACCUACCAUGGGGUGGGGGGGAAGGGAAGUUUGGAGCUCGCUCUCUCUCUGCGCUGCUUUCUGUGCAACUCUACGCCCUGCCAUAGGCGGACUCUCUGCUGCUGUGGCAGCUCUCCCUUCCCUGUGGUGAUCAGGCUCUCCAGACUGCAUUUUAAGGCCUUUUGUUCAUCUUUUCUAAGCAUCAUAGAUCUUCCUUCUCAAUGAAGUACUGAGAAUCCGGUCCUGUACCGGUGGUGACCGAGAACAGCGGUGCUGGCAACAGGUCCUUUUUGUGUUUAUAACUGUACUUGAACCCGAAUAAAGUUUGUUACUCUAGUUUUGUUGCCAAAACAAAUAAAAAUGUAAGUAUUCCUGAA